CAAAGCACAAUUGAAUUAGCCCAAAGGAAAUGUGAGAAGCCAAUCCAAAGUUCACAUGGACUAUUAGUGUCUGACCUGUGGAGGAGCAGUCUGAGCUCAUAUUGGUCUGAUCAGCCACAGAUGGAACUAGACUCUAACAUAGAGAUGUCAUUUUGGUCCUCUUUGACAAGGAAGGACAACCAACAACCUCCCAUUUUAGCACUAUAACCAACUGUUAUGAAACUUGCCUAUCUCCCGAAGGGAAGGGGCCAAAGGCACCCCCAGAGGGCACCCCCAAGCCCAACCGUCCCAGGGCCCCAUCUCCCCCGACAAAAACAGAGCCUCUCAGAUAGGAGUCCACAUUCUCCUCCCUCCCACCCUGGCCCCUCCCCACCCUCCUUCCACUCACACCGGAGGCUGUGGCUGAGGACUAGCUCCUUGAUACCACACCACAAGGCCCAGCGAGCAAAAGGUGGAGCCAGACUAAGUACGGCUCAGCAGGACACCCCAGCUGCUACCACAGGAAAAGCGCCCAAGCAGAGCAUGAAGUGGAACUGGCGUCUGGCUGACCUGAUCUUGACCAUCCUCCUCCUCCAGGGUGUCCUGGCCCAGACAGAUCAAGGAAAAAAGCCAGUGGCCUUGGAUGACAAUCGACAAGAUGGAAGUGCAUUACUAACCUGCAACUUUAAAGGGAAAGAAAGUGUCCAAUGGAUCGCAGGGGAAAUGGUCCUAAAUGAAACUAAGAAAACAUUGAACCUGGGAAGUAUUUUCAAAGACCCCCAAAAUGUAUAUUGGUGUAGAAACUCAGCAAAACCCGAAGAACAUUCUCUCCGACUUCAUGUGUAUUAUCGAAUGUGCCAAAACUGUAUUAAGCUGGAUGGAGUCACUCUAUCAGGCUUUAUCUUAGCUGAAAUGAUCACUGUUUUCUUCCUUGCUGUUGGUAUCUACUUCAUCACAGGGAAAGAUGGAGUUUGGCAGUCAAGAGCUUCGGACAAACAGACUCUGCUGACUAAUGAUCAGCUUUACCAGCCUCUCAAAGACAAAGAAGAUGACCAAUACAGCCACCUUGAAGUGAGUCGUCCCCGGAAAAAGUGAACUCCCAGACUCAAUCUGAUGGUGUUCUCCUAUUCCCUAAAACCCCUAAAACCUCUGCAAUUUUGACUGCUUCUAAAUAAGUUUCCCCCUUUCCAGCAUGACUGUAACUAUCUAUCCCUCCUGGUCUCCAUUGAUGGGGCUCCACUCAGCUCAGCACAUGCUGUGUGGUUGGACUGAUUGGGACAGCCCCCUGCCCAAGGUCUCAAGGUUAACGUGGAUUUUCAUGGUGUUUGUUGUUAAAGGCAUUUCUGAAACACCUUCACUAUGUGCCUGCAAAUUCUUCUCCAACAGCACCUGGAGCAUUCUAGACAUUGAAUAAAUAUUAAUUACUCAAUUGUUUACAAGCCCUCUGCUCCAGAAGACAAAGCCUGAGUAUGCUAAAGCAUUCUGGUUUCUAUUUGUGUUCUCAGUUGGGACAACCCAAAGCAGGGAGACUGGGGGGAAAUGGGGGAGAAGAGACAGAGACAGAGACAGAGACAGAGAGACAGAGAGACAGAGAGAGACAGAGAGAGAGGCAGAGAGAGAAAGACAGAGAGAGGAGAUUCUGUCAUACCCAAGAUUGGUUGGGCAUAGUAGUUCCUGUAACUGGCUCCCUCCACAAAAGGAUGAGUUGAGCUGUGUCCCAUACCUGCCACCUGCUGGUAAGUCAUUGUCUGAAAAGGAAAGAUGGUAGGGAAAGGCUCUCAUGUAUGGAGUGAGUGCUUUGAACUUUUUCAUAGCGCUCUAGAAUGACUCAUAAUUACAUGACACUCUAAGGUUUAUAAAACAGUUUCUAGACAAGGUCCUCACAACCAUCCUUUCAAGCCAUUUAACAAUAAAAAAAAAUGAAGCUCAGAGAAUUCACUUCAUAAGAUCACAGAACUAGAAAUAGAUUGUUCUCAGCAGCCUCAUUUUCUAUAUAAAAAAAUGAGGCCCCUGAACGUAAAGUAAUUUAUUUUCCAAAAUUCACAUAGAUAGAUGAAAUUUGAACACAGGAUUCCAUGGCCAGUGAUCUUUAGAAUCUUAGAACUAGAGGUGAAAGCAAUAUUGGAGGCAAUAUGAUUCAACCAUGCAUCUUACAUGAGGAUACUUGGGCCCAGAAAGAUUAAGUUUAACAAACUGGAUGAAGGAUAGAGUGUAGGAUCUAUUAAAUAUAUACUUUUUGCAAAGCACUAUAUUAAACAUUAGGGACAGAAUGAAAAAGUCUAUUGUCAAGAAGUUUGUAGUCUACUGGAAAGGAUAUACCAUUUAAGCAAAUAAACAAUCAGAAUACAAUUUGAGGCAAGUUAAAACACUAAAAAAUUGAUUCACAGCUAUAUUUUGAAGCUUCCUGGAGGUAGCUCUAUCUAGAAGCAAAACAUCUCAGAUCUUCUGAGCAAAAGUUAUUGCUACAACUUCAAUGACAAAAGUUCAAGAGGAGAAGAGUUUAAGAAUCCAAGACAUUAUUUUCUACUAUGAAUUUUCUUAGGAACAGGGAGUACUUCUAAACCUUAAUGUAUAUCCCAAUACAUUGAAUCUAUGAAAGACUUACUGCAGAAGGUAGUAUCUCACUUUCAUCCUGAAGGAAGCUAAGGUUUAUUAUAGUGAGCAGCAGACUAAAGGAAGUGAUUUGCCCAUUAUCCUAUAACUAUUAGGUGGUAAAUCAGGGACUCUGUCUCCGGUAUCCUAACUCUAAAUUUGUGCUCUCCCCACUAUACCCCUGCUGCCUUUUAAUAACAAGAGUUCACGUGUAUUUAGUACUCAAAGAUCUUUAAUUGUUUCUUUUAAAUCUCUUGCUGGGUCAUUAUCCAUAUGCUAGCUCCUAUCUAUGGAUAAAUGCCAUAGUCCUUCUCUCUUCUCUAUAUAUUCUCAAUAACUUUAUUAGUUCCCAAGAGUUAAUUUAUCAUGUGCACACAAAAAUGCUUAAUAAAUGUCUUUUCAUUCUAUUUCACAU